UUUCUACCAUGUGUCAUCGUUCCGGAAGCGGAGCAUAGAUGCUAGCUACCUCCGUUUUGACAUCUCUUUUCCAUCUCAAGUAUGGGUCCGAAGAAACCGUCUGAGAAGCCCGCCGGCCAACCGGCCGAAAAGAAAGAGAAGAAGCCGGCAGCCGCCGCCGCUGCUACGGCUUCCGGAUCUGGUGAGAAGAAACCCGCAGCGGAAAAGAAGCCCGCGGCGGAGAAGAAGCCAGCUGCUGAGAAGAAGCCAGCGGCUGCACCAGCUGAGAAGAAGCCCGCUGCCGAGAAGAAGCCGGCCGCUGAGAAGAAGCCCGCCGAGGAGAAGAAGGCCGAGAAGCGUGCCGCACCGGCCGCCGACAGCAAGGCCGCUCCGAAGAAGAAGGCACCGGCUGCCGCCGCCGCUGCUGCUGGAACCAGCAAGCCUGCCGGUGAGGCCAAGAAGGAUGCCAAGAAGGCUGCCCCGGCCGCUGCUGCUGCCGCUGGCGCUGCUGGCAAAAAGGGAGCCAAGGCUGCCCCGGCCGCUGCUGCUGCCGCUGCCGCCGCUGGCAAGAAGAAGGCCGCAGAGAAGAAGGGAGCUGCUGCCGCAGCCGCCGCCGACAAGAAGGGCGCUGCCAAGCCCGCUGCCAAGGGAGCUAAGGCUGCGGCCGGUGCCGGUGCCAAGGGUGGCAAAGCGGCUGCCGGUGGCAAGCCCGCCAAGGCUGGCGAGAAGAAGAAGCCGGUGCGCCGUAUCAAUGCCAAGGGCAAGAAGACGACCAAGUCCCCGCGCCCGAAGCUGACCAAGGAGCAGGUGAAGGCCAAGAUCCAGAAGGGCAUCCAGAAGGCUCGUGCCACCGCUAUGCUGCGUGCCAAGCGUGCCUCGACCAAGCUGGUCAAGGGUCCGUAUGGAACCUGCGUCCGCAAGAUCCGCACGUCCGUGCACUUCAAGCGGCCGAAGACCCUGAAGCUUCCGCGUCGUCCCAAGUACCCGAGGAAGUCGGUCGCCAAGCGCAGCCGCAUGGAUGCGUACAAUAUAAUUAAGUACCCGCUGACGACCGAAGCGGCGAUGAAGAAGAUCGAGGACAACAACACGCUCGUCUUCCUGAUUCACCUGCGCGCCAACAAGAACCACGUGAAGGCCGCCGUGAGGAAGCUGUACGACGUGAAGGUGCUGAAGAUCAACACGCUGGUGCGACCGGACGGCAAGAAGAAGGCGUACGUGCGGCUAACGCGCGACUACGAUGCGCUCGACAUUGCCAACAAGAUCGGCAUCAUCUAAAGCGCUAGUUUUGUACGGUUUUUUGGCGAACACUCCGCUCUUUUUCUCCUGCCCCGGUGGGGAAUAAUGGGGAGGAGUGUUCAGAGCGGGAAAAGGAGAGGAUGCUGCGUCGUGCGUACCGGAGUUUGUUUACACGGUGUGUGCGCGUGUGUAUCCUUUUUGCAUUCCUACUCUCCUCAGAUACGUUUCUCCUGGCGCGUUGUACGCGCGCAAUCAAUCCUUUCCACACUCAUCCGCGGAGAAACCUUUCUGUGUAAAGCUUUUGCUGGAAUCGUAUCUAGCAGAAGGUUAGAAGAAGCACACACGAUAACAACUGGUGAAAGAUGAAGAAAAAAUAUAAAACAUCUGUUCAGGAGAGGAGAAAAUGUAAAUUUAA